UUUGUAAAUUUCUUUCCUGGGGCAGGUUGAAGUUUGGGACUGCUGACGUCAUGUGAAAGCCCAUGGUGUGGGGUCCACCUUAAAAAGCCGCUCGCCCCCCCCAGCCCCAUUUAAAGGAGCGGCGUCAGGACGCGUAAGCGCGCGCGCUGCCAGACCGUGAAGCGCCGCCGCCGCCGUGCCUGACUUACUGCCUCCGAGCCUUACGGUAUUUCUGUUUGUCUGGGAGUUGUGCUAUUUGUAUUAAUAUUUCGUUUUCCUGCACACUUUGACUCUGCCGGACAUUGAAACACAUGCCGUCUUGUGUAAUAGCGACGACACUGCACGCUGGAGUCACAGCUGUUGGUCUUUGUGUUUUGCUGGCCCUGAUCCGCAUCCAUCAGACAUCAGUCAUAUUGCUGGGCUGAUUCACAGCCGCUAGGAAGAUUCUCCCUGUCCCAUCAUGACCUCGGCUGAAUCCCAGGGGGGGCUCUUCAUCUCGGGGGGAGGGGAGACGUACCGGAACCCUACAGAGGUGAAGAUGAGCCAGAUCGUGCUGCCCUGCCACGCCAACCACUGCGGGGAGCUCAGCGCGGGCCAGCUGCUCAAGUGGAUGGACUCCACAGCUUGCCUGUCCGCUGAACGGCACGCCGGAUGUUCCUGCGUCACAGCCUCUGUCGAUGACAUUUACUUUGAGCACACCAUAGGGGUUGGACAGGUGGUUAACAUCAAGGCAAAGGUCAACAGAGCCUUCAACUCCAGUAUGGAGGUGGGGAUCGUGGUCACCUGUGAGGACCUCUACAGCGACCUCCAGUGGAAGGUCUGCCAGGCCUAUGCCACCUUUGUGGCCAGAGGCUCGGACAUGGGGAAGGUGCAGCUGAAGCCCGUCAGCCUGCAGACACAGGAGGAGCAGCUGGAGCACAGCAUCGCUUCCGAGCGAAGGAGGAUGAGGCUGAUCCAUGCGGAGAUCAUGACUGACUUGCUCAGCAGCUGGCAGACGGUGGAGGCGUGCCAGGAGCCGGAGAACGCAGUGGCGGCUGAGCGCACACGGGUGGAGAGCGUGGAGCUGGUGUUGCCCCCCCACGCCAACCACCAGGUCAACACCUUCGGGGGGCAGAUCAUGGCCUGGAUGGUGAACGUGGCCACCAUCGCGGCUAGCCGCCUGUGCAACGCCCACCCCACCCUACGCGCCAUCGACAUGUUCCACUUCCGGGGUCCGUCUCAGGUGGGAGAUCGAGUUGUCUUGAAGGCCAUUGUCAACAACACCUUCAAGAACAGCAUGGAGGUGGGUGUGUGCGCCGAGGCCUACUGUGGCAAUGAGCCUCUGCGGCACAUCAACAGCGCCAUCAUGAUGUUCGAGGUCCUGGAUAAGGAGAAGAAGCCCAGAAAGCUGCCACACAUUCAACCCGAGCCUGUGGAUGGGAAACGCCGGUACCAGGAGGCUAUUGCCAGGAAGAAGAUCCGCCUGGACAGGAGGUACAUCAUUUCCUGCAGGCAGACAGAGGUACCACUGUCUGUCCCCUGGGACCCCAGUAACCAGGUCUACCUCAGCUAUAACAACGUAUCUGCGCUUAAGAUGCUGACGGCCAGAAACAACUGGGUUCUGAACACUGAGAAGGACCAGGUGAACCUCUACACUCUGGAGGAGAACCAGGUGCUCUGCUUCAGGGUGGAGACCACAGUAGAUGUCCCAGCAGGCCGAGUCUUCCUGCUACUCUCAGACCUGAGCCGCAGGCCUGAUUGGGACAGUCAUUAUAAGCACUGCGAGCUGAUCAACCAAGUGGACGAGGAUGACGGCAUCUACCAUGUGAUCACACCCUCAGUCAACAGAAGUAACAAAGUGCAGGACUUCAUCCUGCUGGCAUCCAGACGGCGGCCGUGUGACCCGGGGGACCCGUAUGUUGUGGCCCUGCGCUCCGUUACCUUGCCCACUCACCCUCCCACUGAGGAUUACACCCGGGGUGAGGUGUUCUGCGCGGGCUUCAGCAUCUGGGAGGAGUCUGUCGGCAACACAAAGGUGUCCUACUACAACCAGGCCUCUGCAGGGGUGCUUCCCUACAUCUCCACUGAUAUCGCAGGCCUGUCCUCCACCUUCUACCGCACCUUUUGCUCUUGCAAGAAGUUCCUGAAGGACAACAAGGAUGGCUAGAAGGAUGGCUACUCUGGGGGACCUGAAUUUGCCCAGGGUGGCUCUGGCUCCCAUGCCUUUGUCUCUGUAUAAGGACACAGUCCCACAUCUCCAUCCUUGGCUGGAGUUCCUGGUUCUACUGACCGUUCACCUUGUUGAUUUCCCAGAACAUGUUCUGGUGGAACCAAAAGUGGUCCAAUAAAUUUUCAUCAAUCUGAAA